AUGCAGCACCUCACUUUCCCAACACUAUCGCAUUUUGCCAUUUGCGGCGGUACGCACGGCAAUGAGUUGACAGGGGUGUACGUGGUGCGAGAGAUGGAGAAAAAAAAGGUGAAUAAGAUUGGCUCUGUGUCAGUAAUGACAGUCCUGUCAAAUCCAGAGGCUGUUGAAGUGUGCAGACGGUACGUGGACACAGAUCUAAAUCGUUGUUUCCGAGAUGCUACGCUGAGUACGCCCCUCACGGCCUCCUCACCGCAUGAGAUAAAGAGAGCUCACGAGUUGAAUGCUCUGCUUGGGCCCAAAGGAAGUCCACAGGCCGUGAGCUUGCUUUGUGACAUCCACAACACCACCAGCAACAUGGGCCAGUGCUUCAUCUUUUAUGGCUUUGAUUGGAUCGCCCUACAUAUUUUUAAAUAUGUACAGAGUAAAACAUCAUUUGGGCCGGUGAGAGCAAUUCAGUGUGACGUACCAAAUUCAGAGACCUAUUCCCUUGAAUCUGUGGGCAAACAUGGCUUUGCAUUAGAGGUUGGACCUCAGCCCAACGGAGUGGUUAGAGCAGACAUCUAUAACAUGGUAACAGAAACACUGGAUCUCAUCAUGGACUGGCUUGAAAAAUUCAAUUCUGGAAUUACGUUUGAGGGCAGUGAAGUGGAGGCAUUCUGUGUGGGCAAGCCCCUCGACUACCCGAGAAAUCCGAUCACCAAUGAGGUCACCGCUGCAAUUCAUCCACAGCUUCAGGACAACGACUUUAAGGCUCUCUGUGCCGGGGACCCCAUUUUCCAGUCCUUCACAGGAGAUACGGUCAAGUAUGAAGGAGAGGAGGCCUACCCUUUAUUUGUAAACGAAUGUGCCUACUAUGAGAAGAAGGUUGCCUUUUAUUUAGCUCGGAAAAUCAGUAUUAGCCUCCCAUCCAUUAGUGUGAAGACAGACAUGAGCGGGUGA